AUGGCGAUCAUGCUCGUGCAGUAUGGUUUGGAGGUAGCUUUGUAUUUCUGGGCUUCGCAGGGAUGGCGAGCAUCGAUGGAAGACGCUCAUAUCGCUCUGCUCAAGGUUCCGCAUGGCCAACCCCCAACUUCGGCUGCAAUAGGCGCUGCAAGAAUAGGCCUUUUCAACAACCACAGUCACAAGCCCCCGCUCAGAAGCAGCGGCAGCCGAGGUAGUGUCAUCACAGCUGUAGGCGAUUCAAACGGCCCCUCAGCAUCAGGUGCCCAGGCAGCACGACGUCGGGCGGAGACUUUUUCGGCAGGAGACACUGGGGGACUCUCUCAGCAGGGCCGCCUUAAAGAUGAGACAGGCUCACAGCAGACCGCAGCAAUUAGCAGGGAGGGUCCAAGGCGAGGGUCUACUGGGGCAGUGAAAGGGAGGACCGGCUUUGCAGCCGCGUCAGACGAUAGUGGCGGCGGGGGUGAUGGAAGCAGCAGCGUCGGUGCGGGGUGGAAAGCGGUGGACUUGUUGGAAGAUGCGGCUCUGUUUGGGGUGUUCGACGGACACGGGGGCAAAGCGGUCGCGGACUUUUGCAAGGAGCGGCUACCAGGCCUGCUGGCCGCGUCGCCUGACAUUCGCGCCGGCAACUGGAGGGACGGUUUUCCCCGCGUUUACCACGCCUUGGACGCGCUGUUGAAGUCCGGGGAAGGGCAGGAGAAAACCGGAGGGUGGGGAGGAGCCACUAAGGUUGAUGGGAUAGGUGUGGGUUGCACGAUCGUGACAGCCCUGCUGGACCGGAAAAGAAGACAGUGCUACGUGGCGCACGCGGGUGACUCGCGGUGUGUGCUGUGCCGUGCUGGACGAGCCGUGCAGCUAACAAGAGAUCACAAGCCAGGAAUGCCGUCCGAGUAUGCCAGAAUAAUGGCUGCCGGUGGGCAUGUGUCGCGGGCUGGUCGAGUUAACGACAAUUUGAACCUCUCUCGAGCCAUCGGUGACAUGGUGUACAAAAGAAACCACCUUCGGCAACCGAAAGACCAAAUUAUCUCCGCCGAGCCUGACGUUUGCAGGUUUCUGGUGACCCCCGGCGUGGACGAAUUUUUGAUACUGGCCUGCGACGGAGUGUGGGAAAUGAUGAACACGGCACAAGGUCUUCGCGCUGGUUCGGCCCCGCGAGAGGUCUGCGAGAGCCUCCUGGAUGCUUGCCUCUCACCCGACCCAAAGGGCACGCGCUAUGCUGGCUGCGACAACAUGACGGUUGUGCUGGUUUUGCUGGAUGGAUGGGAGGGCGCGCUAGCCACCAAGGCCUACACGCCGGCCUUGACUUUUUCCGGGGGCAGAAUCGGGAGCGUAGGAGAGGCUGCUGCAGCAAUGUCUGCGACCCUGCCGAAGUUGCCUCGGCCAUUGAGAAACGCUCGGCCUCCUCUUCCCGCUGAGUUUCGAGCGGCAAUGUCUAACGGGACGACCGCACCAGCCCCUAAAUCCGAGAGUGAAUCGCAAGCCGCUGAAGAAGCUGGAGCGGCGAACAGAGAGAAACCUGCAGCACCUGCACCAGAAACAGAGCCGCCUGGCCAUGGGAACGCAAGCCAACAAAACGCGACCGUGGGCGCAACUGAAAGUGCGGGGAAAAUGGGCUGGACCCAGCGGAGAAUAGCGGCAGGCAAAGUGGCGCCUCCCCGCACGGCCCACGGAAUAGAGUUCGCACUCGCGUCGUUCUCGGCCCCCAUUGUGGCCAAAGCUCCGGCAGCUGGCUCGCGCAUGAGCACAGGGAGCAUCAACCGCCGCGGCGUUGUUACCGCCGCUACCGGUGCCACGGCUGCCGCUGGUGACUUGGCCACGUCGGCGGUGGCCAAACAGCGGAAUGCGUCACGAGCUAGCAGCAGCUCCGUUCCCCCAAACGCUCGACGGCGAAACAGCAACCAUCCACGGUCGGCCACCGCGCCGAUGUUGCCGUCCCCUUUGUGGCACCACCGCCAGCGCCGCGAACCUCCGGAAGAGCGAACUGCCGCUGCGGCGGCGAUAGCCGUCCUGGCCGAAGUGGGCGCAGCCGGCGCCGUUGCUGCUUCCGCCUUGGCAGAAGAAACCGCGGCGCCAUCAUGUCAAAAUCCCAGUGCCAACGGAAAGCCAAGUGGUAUGGCGGAGGUCGACUCUACCGCAGAGGUAUGCGGUCAAGGCAAGGCCGGGGAGGAGUCAGGCCGGCAAGCAUCGCCAUCAGAGGAUACCGGCUUGGUGUUCGUGCCUGUCGAGCCGUCAGCGACACCUUCAGAGGUAACCGUCACUGCGACUGCGUCACCUCACCACCCCACCUAGGGGGCGGAGAGGCCGCACGUAUGACUCUGCCUCGAGCUGGAGACACCGGUUAGGUCAAGGUCGUGUUUCACAUAGUAGGUAGAAGUGCAAGUUCCGUCGGUGCGUCGGUAACAGCGUGAGUCGCCUGGUUCGGUAAAUGUAUGUGCUCAACGCACUUUUGCCCGUACACAGCGGCAGUGCCGCGAUUGUCCAUACACAUAUAUCUUUCCGUGUCCUAGGCUUGUAUCAUUUGUAGACAUGGGCUGUGCGCUCGAAUGUACUUCGUAAUACGGUUGAGCUUAGAAUUUCCCAAACACAACAGUUGGGUUGCUUGGUUUUAUUUGGUCAAUUGGUUUUAAUUGGUCAUUUUUCUCGAGAAACGUGACCCCGAUUGUAGUCGGCCAACUCUUUGGUGGAGCGUAUGUUUACCAGUAGAAAGUAGAAAAUGUGUGGAACAAUGGCGAUUGGUGGGCAUACUUCGAGGAAUCAUUACAGAACACAAGUGAAAACCGCUUGUUUCUCGGGUGCACGCGAUGCACGUUGCCGCAAGUUGAAGUCAACCCAUUUUGUUAUUAGACACGAAACUACAUUAGAACGCCGUCCUUGGUGUGGCGCACUCGGUUUCCAAGCGUGCAUGCCUCCCGUUCCUCACGUUCCUCACGUGGCUUGUCUACUCUGCUGCACGAGGACAAGGACGCUUGUGCAUUGAGCCAUCACGACCUGUCGAUCUUUUUGUAGCAAUGAGCACGUCCGUUGAGCUUCGUCUUUUCUCCUUGCCUU